CGAUCCACCGUCGAUCGCUCGGUAACGAACGCACGCCUCCGAUAUGAACUCCUUGAGCAUCGCGACGACCGCGAACGCCGUCCGCCUCGCCGGAAAGACCGCGCCGCCGCGUCAGAGGUCUCGCGUCCCCGUCCCCGGACGUUUCGUGGGCACCUCCUCCUCCCUUCGUCGCUCCUUGACGCUCGGUGCCGGCGCCAGGCGCCGCGCCUCCCUGGUCGUCAACGCCGAGGGCUCCUCCUCCGUUGAUGUCGUGUCUCCCGACGUCGAGUCCGACGCCGUGCCCGACGUCGCGCCCAUCGGAGCCGCCGAGGGUUACGUGAAGCUCGCGAAGUGCCUCGACGCCAUCAAGGAUCUUCCGCCGUCCGAGCGCGCGGAGGCGGCCGAGAACGCGACCGGGACCGUGCGCUCGGUGCUGAACGGCAUGAAGGCUGCGGGCGAGACCUCGCGAUGGGACUGCUACCCCGAGCUGACCCGGCGCAACAUCUUCCCCAACGAGUUGAACCAGAUGGGAGUGAAGAACAGCUCGCAGAUUGGCCAACCCAACAACACCAACGACUUCAACUUCAUCGUCGGCGUCACCAUGUCCACCUCCUUCCUGGCUCUCAUCGUCGGCGCCACCCUGCCCGGCGACUGGGGCGCCUUCGGAUCGUACCUCAUCGGCGGCAUCUCCCUCGCCGUCCUCGCCGUGGGGUCCACCGCACCCGGCUUGCUCCAGGUGGCCAUCGACCGAUUCGCGCGUAUAUCUCCGGAGUAUCGCAACCGCAUCGCCAGGCACGAGGCGGCGCACUUCUUGGUGGGGUACAUGCUCGGCGUGCCCGUGGCGGGCUACUCCUUGGGUCUCGGCGCGGCGCACACCGAUUUCCUGGAGGCGAAGCUGGAGCGCAAGGUGUACGGCAAGAUUGCCAUCAGCGAGAAGACGAUGCUCCCGCUGGCGUGCGUGUCCAUGGCGGGAGUGGCGGCGGAGGCCCUGGCGUUCGAGGACGUGAGGGGACAGGAGGCGGAUCUCAGGGAUCUGCAGCGCAUCCUCAACAAGGCGGAGCCCAAGCUGAGCGAUCAGUCGCAACAGCAGGUGACCAGGUGGGCGGUGUGGCAGGCGGCGAGCAUGUUGAAGCGACACGAGGCGUCCUUCGACGCGCUCACGAGGGCGAUGGAGGAGGGUGCGAGCGUCGCUGAUUGCUUAAAGGUCAUCGAGGCGGCCCCGAAGCCCCAGUAGAAAGGGGGAGUGCCUAUAUUGCUCUGUUGCUUGUAAUACGAACGAACUUGUUUGGG